GGGAUCUACACGUACCUGGAGAGGAACUUUUCAGACUUUAAGCAGAGAGGCUUUGUUGUUGGAUAUGACACACGAGGUCAGGUCACCAGCAACUGCAGCAGUAAGAAGCUUGCAAAGCUCACUGCAGCAGUCCUGCUGGCCAAGGAUGUGCUUGUGUACUUCUUCUCCACCUAUGUCCCUACUCCCUUUGUGCCCUACGCCGUGCAGCAGCUGGGGGCCGUGGCAGGGGUGAUGAUCACAGCCUCCCACAACCGCAAGGAGGACAACGGCUACAAGGUUUAUUGGGAAAAUGGAGCACAGAUCACCUCUCCUCACGAUAAGGAGAUUAUAAAAUGCAUAGAAGAGUGUGUGGAGCCAUGGAAUGGCUCUUGGAAUGAAAACCUGGUGGACACCAGUCCCCUCAGGCAGGAUCCUCUGAAGAAAAUCUGUGACAGCUACAUGGAGGACCUGACCAAGAUCUGCUAUCAUAGGGAGCUGAACGUGCGGAGCAGCCUGAGGUUUGUGCACACCUCUUUCCACGGCGUGGGCCAUGACUACGUGCAGAUGGCCUUCAGAGCCUUUGGCUUCCAGCCCCCCAUCCCAGUGCCCGAGCAGAAGGACCCCGACCCCGACUUCUCCACGGUCAAGUGCCCCAAUCCUGAGGAAGGAGAGUCUGUGCUGGAGCUGUCACUGAGGCUGGCAGAGAAAGAAGAUGCCAGAGUAGUGGUGGCCACUGAUCCAGAUGCAGAUAGACUGGCAGUGGCAGAGCGGCAGGACAACGGCAGCUGGAAGGUGUUCACGGGCAAUGAGCUGGCAGCGCUGUUUGGCUGGUGGAUGUUCUCCUGCUGGAAGGAGAACUGCCCCCAGGAUGCUGACGUGAGCAACGUCUACAUGCUGGCAACCACGGUCUCCUCCAAGAUCCUGAGGGCAAUUGCACUGAAAGAGGGGUUUCACUUUGAGGAAACACUCCCUGGUUUUAAAUGGAUUGGAAGCAGAGUGAAGGAUCUCCUAGACAACGGAAAAGAAGUUCUCUUUGCAUUUGAGGAGUCUAUUGGCUUCAUGUGUGGCACAUCAGUGCUGGAUAAGGAUGGAGUGAGUGCAGCCGUGGUCAUUGCAGAAAUGGCAACUUAUCUGCAGAGCCAGGGCCUGACCCUGGCACAGAAACUCGUUGACAUUUUUGAAGUGUACGGGUAUCACAUCUCCAAGACCUCCUAUUUCCUGUGCUACGACCCUGCCACCAUCAAGAAGCUCUUUGAGAGGCUGCGCAACUUCGAGGGCCCCGAGUCGUACCCCAAGAGCUGUGGGGCUUACAGCAUCCUGCACGUCAGGGACAUCACCACGGGCUACGACAGCAGCCAGCUGAACCACAAGUCUGUGCUGCCAGUGAGCAAGAGCAGCCAGAUGAUCACGUUCACCUUCCAGAACGGCUGCGUGGCCACGCUGCGCACGAGCGGCACCGAGCCCAAGAUCAAGUACUACGCUGAGAUGUGUGCCCUGCCCGGGCACAGCGACAGAAGUGUGCUGGAAGAGGAGCUGCAGAAGCUGAUUGAGGCUCUGAUUGAGGAUUUCCUGGAGCCUGCCAAGAACGGGCUGACCUGGCGCUCUGCGUAGAGCCCGGGCAGGGGAGGCUUGGAACAAAGGAGCCCGGAGCAGAACCAGUCUCAUCUCUGUGUCUGUGUGUGUGUUUCCAACAGCUGCGUUCUUUUCUGUGCAGAAGAAGCUUUCUUUCUUCUUUUGUCAGGCUUUUCACCAAACUGGGACAAGGAGAGGAGGUCAGAGGAAAGGGUGGGAUUUGUUGUCGCAGUUUUCAGUCCUUUUGACCAAAAGUUUAAUUAACCCACACCAAUGCAAAUGAACUGCCCGGGUACCUUUGAGGCAGCUGAGCUCAGCUGCCACGUCUUGUCUUAAAACUCAUUUCAGGUACCUGAAACACCUCUUUCUGUGUGAGAAAAGGUUUUAAAGUUUUAAAGGAGUGAUCACUCCUCACUGACAGCAAAGGCUGCUGCUUCCCUGCAGCUCUGAGACCUUCCUUACAGGUCUGCACUUCCAAAAGCAUCCAAGCAGAGCUCAGCAUUUCUUGUGUAGGCAAAUGGUUGGCAUUUUUCAUCUAGUUAAGAGUUCUUCUGUUGGUAAAGGUGUUCUUGGGCAUUGUAGCUUUCCUGUGUGUGUCUUAAAAUAAUUGGCAAUGAAACAAUAGUGGCAACAGCUGCAGCCUGGGGUUGGAAUUGCCUGGUGCCAUUCCAAGGCUUCCAAAGGAGCAGGAACUUGGUCAUUCCUUGGUAAAAUUGCCCCUCCUGACUACUACAGGCUCUGCAGCCACUUUUUGUCACACAUCUCUGCA